GGGCUGAUUGUCCAGCGGGGAAGGAGUUGCUGGAUCAGGAGGAGGUGGGUCGCUCCUCCUGCCGGUCGAAAGUGGCGGCGGCCGCCUCGCCGGUCGGUCAGUUUAUUGCGGACGCUGUGGUAGUGAUGUUGUCAAAAUGCAGCUCUCCUCAAUUUGCACUUGGUGGUGCACCGGCAGGGACGUGACCGAGUCCCUCGACUGCUGUGUCGAUACCUUAGGAAUUGUGGUUGGGCUUAUCUCCUCACUUUUGCUGGCACUCGUGCACAAACUGGUUUCAUCAGAAGAAAAACUUAAGGCAUCGUCUUCAUUAUCAGAACUGUAUGCGCGGUACACGAGGAGUGCCAUCAUCCUGAUCGUUUUCCUGGUACAACUCACCGAAGGAAGCGAAGCUUUAGUAUUGACAUUUACCAGAAAGAGUUCAUUGUUCAAUAAUGCUUUGCGAUUCUGUCAUCCUAUGUCAACAUUUAUUUUCCUCACCGUCUCGUCAUUUUUCGUCCGUAGCAACGCGAAGCCAACUGUGCGACUGGUCCUGCUCGCCGCCUGGCUGGCGAACUUCGCCACAAAGGGUGCACAAUUGUACCACUUUGUCUCACUUACGAAGGGCCUCUCAAUCUUCUACCACGUCCGCCCGACAACUUCAGCCCUUUCGUCACUCUUCUUCUGCACUUUAGCAGCUUUUGACGGCAUUUCACUAAUCUCUCAGCGUUUGUCAGCAAAAUACAAGCCCGCAGCCGCGGCCGAUUCCAAAAGCGACGCAUCCAACGAUGAGGGCAAAGAGGAAGUUUACAAACAUGCGUCGGCGUCUUUGCUCUCGCAGGCCACGUUCUGCUGGUUGACCCCGCUUUUGUGGAAAGGUGCCGCUAAUCCACUGGAGCUCACUGACCUGGGCAAACUGCCCAAAGAUGAGGCCACCGAUAAGUGCUACCAGGCUUUCCACCAUCUCUACGACGCAGAAAAGAAAAACUCGCCGAAAGGCAGUGCCUCUCUGUGGAAGUGCUACGCGCGCUUCUGCUGGGCCAAAUUCACUCUGGGUGGCGUAUAUAAACUGUUUGGCGAUCUUGUCGGUCUGGCCGGACCCCUUGGCAUUUCCAUAAUCAUCGAGUAUGUGGCUCGGGAAAGCAGCCCCGGCGAUUCGCCGACAGCUUAUUUGACUUUUCGAGAAUUGUUUGGCAACGGCUACGUCAUGGGCUGCGUCGUGUUGAUAGCCGCUUUAGCCCAGGGUACGUUUUCUCAAGCUUCAACGCACAUUGUAAACUCGGAAGGCAUUCACCUGAAGGCAGGUUUGCAGGCUUUGAUUUACGCCAAGUCACUGCGGCUGGCGCCUUGGAGUUUCAGCCAGCACGACCACCCGAAAGAGAACGGCGGCGGCGGCAGCAGCGAUUCCAAUGGAGAGGAGGUGUCAGAAGGCAGCCACGGCUCUAUUAGCGUUGCAGACCCAGGGGCCAUCACGAACCUGAUGUCUGAGGACGCGUACAACGUUAUGUCGUGCAUUUGGAUUGGCCACUACGUCUGGGCUAUUCCACUCAAGAUCGCUAUAAUUAUGUGGCUGCUUCACGGAAAAUUGGGCUGGAGUGCAGUCAUUAGUGCGGCACUGUGCGUCCUGGUAAUGACACCGCUGCAAUUGUUCGUCGGCAAAAAGAUGUCGAGCAACAGCAAAUUGAUAUCAGAAGCCAGUGAUGAGAGGUUGAAGAAAAUCAAUGAAACCUUCCAGGGCAUCAAGCUGAUCAAAUUGUACAGCUGGGAAAACGAGUUUUGCGAGCGCAUUUUUCGCGUGCGCGCAAAGGAGCUGCAUCUGUUGGACAAUGACUCUCUCUAUUGGGGAAUCAUGACAUUUUUGACUCAUGCAUCAUCAGUUAUGGUCACUCUCGUGACCUUUGUAACAUACUGGCUGCUCGAGGAUAAGGAUUUGACGGCGGCAGAUGUUUUCUCUGCGUUAGCUCUCUUCAAUCAACUCACUGUUCCCCUUUUCAUAUUUCCUGUUACCGUGCCUAUAAUUAUCGGGGCUGUUGUCAGCACGAAGAGAUUACAGGAAUUUCUCGAGUUGCCAGAGACGUGGUGCCUCGAAAAAGGUGCUCUUCAAUCAGAGCCUGAACCUGAAAUUACUCCUAGUCAGAAUUUCGAAACCCAUUCUGAGGCAAUGCCCUCGUCAGGACUGUGUGAUAGUAGUGAUAGCGUCUUCGGACCAGUCGGCCUUGGAAAUAUUCACGAAGACGAGGAGGACGAGGAGUGUGAUUUUAUUUUAUCAACGCCCUCUCAACGUCAAAUUAGCUCUCCUGAAGUAGCUGUCACCCUCAAGGAAGGCAGCUCCUUCACUUGGCACAAGGACGAGCCUCCGAGUUUGCUCAUAAGCCAAAAAGUCGUGCUCAGAAAAGGGCAGUUCACCCUCGUCGUUGGGCCCGUCGGCAGCGGAAAAAGCUCGCUGUUGAGCGCCUUGCUGGGAGAGAUGCUCACUGUUUCCGGCGGUGUCGUUUGGGAAAGUCCGUGCGACGUGGCAUACGGCUCCCAAAAACCGUGGCUGCUGAACGCCACUUUGCGGGACAACAUUCUCUUCGGGACGCCGUUCAACGCGAGGCGCUACUCGAAAGUGAUCGCGGCGUGCGCACUGCAGCCAGACAUUGCUAUUUUACCAGCGGGCGACUUGACACACAUCGGUGAAAAAGGAAUCGCCCUCUCCGGCGGCCAGCGGCAGCGAAUAGCUGUCGCCCGAGCCCUUUAUUCAAGGGCCACUCUUGUACUCUUGGAUGAUCCUUUGUCGGCUCUCGACGCGCAUGUAGGCCAGCACGUCGUUGAGGCGGGCAUGAGGCGGCUGCUGCUCCGCAGGCAGGGUCGCACCGUCGUGCUGGUCACGCACAGACUGCAACUCCUGCACCUCGCAGACCACAUCAUAGUCAUGGACGUAUCGGGCGCCAUUCGUAAUCAAGGCUCCUUAAAUGACAUCGAGAAAAAGGACCCUGAUUUGGUGACCGAGUGGAGGGCCGCCAUGUCCAGACAAGAGGAAAACCAGAAGGCAGCUAAAGGGCGCACCGCCAGAGAAAGGUGGCAGCUCGUUCGACUCGUUUCGCGCAUCGGAUCCCAGCUCAGCAAGCAAAAGGUUGUCGCUCAAGACGGCACCUGGCAAACGCCCGAGGAAACUCCCAUGCCGUCUUCUAUUUUUAUCCCGUUCCGGCGAAGGACAUUCACUAAUUCUUUGUCUCGCCGGCACUUGUCUCACGAUUUUCCUCUCCCAAUUGACGAGUGCGGAGACGAAUUUGUUGACGAAUUUUCGACAAGGUCGUCAGCUCCACCGACUGCUGAUACUAUCUCCAGCAAACUCGGAAGAGGAUUUUCAAUGCGCCGAGCGCUCUUCAGAACUGUGUCGCUGCAAGGUGGCAGCCGCAAAAGGAGCAGUAGAAGCAGAGGCAGCAUGCCGCAGUUGCAGCGGCAAAUGUCUUCGCCGACAAUGCAGCAUCCUUCUGGCGGCUCCAUAAAAAUGAAAAAUCUCGAGAACGGAGUAGCUCGACAGGGCAGUUUCUUUAAAAGGAUUUUUACUAACAAUGCAGCUCAAAGAACCACUUCAAUUUCAAACGAUGCCAUAAGUGGACACGCCAUUGCAAAGGAUAAAAACAUGUUUAGACGGCUCAUAUCAUCUUCAUCGUCUUUCAGGUCCUCUGUAUCAGCGUCUGAAGCUCCCUGUAAACCACAGGUGCACCGUCUUGAAUCAUGCACAUCUGCUUUUAGUGAUGACAACGAAGAUGAGGAGGGAGAGGACAGUAUCGAAAAUGAAGGCGAUGAUGUCACUCUGGAUGAAGAGAGGGAAUACGGAAAGGUUGCGAGAAAAGUGUACCUAAGCUAUCUGAAGGCAUCUGGCACAGUUUUGGGUUGCUCUUACUUGAUAUCUGCGGUCGCCUGGCAGAUUUGCAGAGUCAUGACCGACUACUGGCUCAGUGAAUGGACCGGCUCAAGCGACAAGUCAAGAGUUCUGGACGCUGAUCAAAUGCAGUAUUACAUGCUGGUGUACAGCGGCCUCAGCAUUUUGUCCGUUUUGCUCUCUGUGGGCUGCAAUGUUCUGGGCCAGGUCGCCGGAGCCAAGGCGAGGAAGGUUUUGCACGAGAGAGCAAUGCAGAGCGUCAUGAAAUCACCGAUGAAGUUUUUUGAAAACACUCCCGUUGGGCGUAUAAUCAACAGGUUUGCGACUGACAUGGCUGUUGUUGACAAGAAAAUUGCCAUUUCAAUUCAACGAUUAAUGCAGUUCCUGUUCCUGUGCUUGUCUGCUAUUUUGGUGAACGUGGCUGUCAGUCCGUGGUUCCUUUUCUUGGCCAUCCCUAUUUGCGGGGUUUACUUUUGGGUUCAGAGGUUUUACAGAAUAUCGGCCAGGGAGCUCCAACGGCUGGACAGCAUGACCCGUUCCCCGAUUUUCUCGCAUUUUGCUGAAACGCUGGGAGGCCUGCAAACAAUCAGAGCGUUUGGCCAGCAAGCCAGGUUCACCAGCAUGCUAAACCAAAAAAUGGACACUCACCGCAAUGUUUUCCUCAUUAUGAAUUCCGGAAAUCGCUGGCUUGGCAUUGCACUUGAUUAUCUGGGUGCCGUGAUUGUGUUCGCCGCAGUUUUGACUGCACUGCUCUCUGCGCAUUAUGUGCCAAGUAUGGUAACCCCAGCGUUAGUUGGUCUAGCCGUAAAUUACACGUUGCUGGUGCCAAUUUACCUGAACUGGGUGGUGAAGUUUUUGGCCGACAUGGAAAUGUACAUGACGGCUGUGGAGCGACUGGACCAAUAUGCAAAACUGCCUAGUGAAGAGUACAAAGAAAUUUUAGAGGAGUCUUUUCCGAAAAAUUGGCCCCAUGAGGGUCAUAUAAAUUUUGACGGCGUUUCCCUGCGCUACGACUCAUCCAGAGAGCCGGUUGUUUCGAAGCUACAGUUAGACAUUCCGGCUGGGCAGAAAAUCGGCAUAUGUGGCCGCACGGGCAGUGGAAAAUCUUCGCUGGCGAUGUCUCUCUUUGGAAUGGUUGAGGUGUUUGAAGGCCGGCUCCUGAUCGAUGGGCUGGACAUUACGAAACAAGUGCCCUUGACCACCCUGCGUUCCCGACUCUCGGCUAUCCCCCAGGACGCAAUCAUGUUCAGCGGCACCCUACGUGAAAACCUGGAUCCGAGAGGCAAAUUUUCCGAUGACGAGCUGUGGUCUGCUUUGGAACUGGCCCAGAUGAAGUCGGUUGCUUGCUCUAUCAUUGGAGGCCUAGAUGGUGAGGUAAAGGAGGGAGGGGAAAACUUCAGUGCAGGCCAACGCCAGCUUUUCUGCCUCGCCAGAGCCGUUCUCCACGGCGCGAGUUGCCUGGUCCUGGAUGAGGCCACCAGUUCUUUGGAUCAAGCGACAGAGCAGCGGCUUUUAGUUGCAGCUUCCCACGCUUUUGAUGGCAGGACGGUCAUCACAAUUGCUCACCGACUUGUGACAUUGCUCAAGUGUGAUCGCGUGGUAGUUUUGUCUGGAGGAAAAAUUGUAGAAGAUGCUUCGCCGACGGAGCUUUUGUCAAGGCCGACGAGUCUUUUCAGUGAGAUGCUCCACGCUUCAGAAGAGGGGUCUUUACUAUAAUAAUUAUUAUGGUAAUAUUUUAUAAUGUUUUCAUAAUCAGGAUAUUUAAUGAUUUUGUAACUUGCACGCUUGAUACAUAAAAUAAAAUAUAUAUUAAAAGGAAAUAUUUGGU